AUGGCCGCCCAUCUCCAUGCCGUCCUGCGCGCCACGCUCGGCUGCCGCCUGGCUCUGCACCCCCGCGUCGGCACCGGCACCGGCACCAACUUCUUCACACUGCACACAGGGAGGCCCAAGCCCCCUCCUCCCCCUCUUCAUCAUGACCGUGCCAGCUUCUUCGUGCCGGCGCGGGGGCUCGUGGCGAGAGCGAGCAAGAAGAAGGACGCUGCUGCUGCCGCCAUUGCAGCGAAAGGUGGCAACGAUGCGAAGAAGGCCGACGCUGCGGCGGCGAAGAUGGUGACGGCCACGAAGAAGGGAGCGGCGGUGCUGGACCCGCAAAUCCCCGACCACAUGAAGGAGUCCUGGCACGUCCUGCAAAUCUACGACGCCACCUUGAACCAGACCAACGUCGGGGGCAACAACAACAAGUUCUUCAUCAUCCAGGCAUUAGAAUCUGAUGGUGGUGCAAGCUGGAUGGUCUACUGGAGAUAUGGGAGAGUAGGCCACCAAGGCCGGAGCGAGCUGCGCGGUCCCAUGACACGGGACCAAGCGGUCGAUCUAUUUGAAUUCAAAUUUAAGGAUAAAACCGGCAAUGAUUGGUCCUAUCGCAAGAAACUCAGCUGCCGCCCAGAGUACUACACCUGGCUUGAAAUGGACUAUGGUAAAGGUGACGACGAAACGGGUAAGACUCAGAAGAAAUACUCCGUUGCCGAUCAGAUAAGAGAGACAAAGCUUGAGACUCAGACUGCACGUUUCAUAUCCGUGAUCUGCGAUAUUAGCAUGAUGAAGCAGCAAAUGAUGGAAAUUGGUUAUAAUGCUGAAAAACUUCCUCUUGGAAAGAUAAGCAAAUCUACAAUACGUAAGGGUUAUUCUAUUUUGAAGCGGAUCUCUAGUGCUCUUCCAAAGGCUGACCCGAUACAGCUGGAAGAAUUGACUGGGGAAUUCUACACUGUGAUUCCUCACGACUUUGGUUUCAAAAAGAUGCGUGAAUUUAUCAUUGACACUCCUGAGAAACUGAAAGCUAAGCUGGAGAUGGUUGAAGCCCUUGGUGAGAUUGAGAUUGCGACCAGGCUUCUGGAAGACAAUCAAAGCGAUCGGGACGAUCCUUUGUAUGCUCGAUACAAGCAGCUUCAUUGUGACUUUACACCUCUGGAAGUUGAUUCGGAAGAAUACUCCAUGAUAAAAACAUAUUUGACGAACACGCAUGCCAAAAGGCAAUCCGGUUAUACGGUCAACAUCGAGCAGGUAUUUAAGGUGACAAGGCAGGACGAAACAGAGCGGUUUCAGAAGUUCAUCGGCGCUGGGAACAGGAUGCUUCUAUGGCAUGGUUCUCGGUUGACCAACUGGACCAGGAUAUUUUCUCGGGGUUUGCGAAUUGCUCCUCCUGAAGCGCCUAGCACCGGCUACAUGUUUGGGAAAGGGGUUUACUUUGCUGACAUGUUCUCCAAGAGUGCAAACUACUGCUAUCCUUCACAAGCAUCUAGAUCUGGAGUGCUGCUUCUAUGCGAGGUUGCGCUAGGCGAGAUGAACGAGCUACUAGAUGGCGAUAUAAAUGCUAAUAACCUGCCCGAGGGUAAACUAAGCACGAAGGGGGUUGGGAAGACGGCACCAGACAUGGCAGAAUCCAAGAUCACCGAUGACGGCGUGGUUGUUCCGCUCGCGAAACCUAAGAAGGCGUCCCGCGAUAACGGCGUCCUUUACUACAACGAGUACAUAGUGUACAACUUGGACCAGAUCAGGAUGCGGUAUGUCCUCCAUGUUUCCUUCAACUACAAACAGUAGUAGAUGGUCUCGUGCCGAGGGUGAACAAGUGCCAAGAUCCCGGUAUCUCCUUUGCGGAAUCCAAUUUCCCAUGGCACAUUAUUAGCAGCAAAUU